GAAACGCGCGCACACACGCGGUGUCCUGACACAGAUCGCAGUGUCACACGGUGGCGGAGGAGCUGCGGCUGGAUGUCAGAGGACCACGGAGAGAUACUGCAAAAUCCCUAAAUGUGAUGAAAAUAUAGGACAGCGUCUUUCUAAAGGUCUCCAGGAUAAUCUGACGCACAGAAGGAGAAAACAACCUACUGUUUUUGGAAUUUGGAAUAAAUAUCUUAUUUCUAUCGAUAAGGUGUGCAAGUUAAAGAUGUUGCCACAUUGCUCCCUCCUGCUGUUGCUAUGCGUGGUCCAGCUGCUUUCCCCUUCCUCGGCCCUGCCCUUCGAGCAGAGGGGCUUCUGGGAUUUUGCCAUGGAUACUAUGGACAGCGAAGGGAUGAUGGCAAUGAUGAAGGAUGAGGAAGAAGGUUCAGCCUUAGACGAGUUCCCCACUCCUGACAUACCCAUGUGCCCCUUUGGCUGCCAGUGUCAUCUCAGGGUCGUCCAGUGUUCUGACCUCGGUCUGACUGAAGUACCAAAGAAUAUUCCUCGGGACACCAAGUUUCUGGACCUGCAGAACAACCGUAUUGCUGAGCUCAAAGAGGAUGACUUCAAGGGCCUCACUAACUUAUAUGGUCUGUCUCUGAGAAAUAACCUUAUUUCCAAAGUCCACCCCAGAGCAUUUGUGCCUCUGAAGCACAUGCAGAAACUCUACUUCUCCAAGAAUCUGCUGACAACUAUCCCCAGGAACCUGCCCGCCUCGCUGGUUGAAUUGAGGAUCCACGAGAACCGCAUCAAGAAGGUGGCAGCUGGAGCCUUUUCAGGACUGGGCAGCAUGAACUGCAUAGAAAUGGGAGCAAAUCCCAUCCAUAACAGUGGUUUUGAGCCUGGAGCUUUCAAGGGACUGAAACUGAAUUAUCUGCGUAUAUCAGAGGCCAAACUGACUGGGGUGCCAAAAGAUCUCCCAGAUAGUCUUCACGAACUUCAUCUGGACCACAACCAGAUCCAGGCUGUGGAACUCGAGGACCUGAGCCGCUACAAAAACCUGUUCAGGUUGGGACUUGGCUUUAACCAUAUCCGCAACAUAGAGAACGGCAGUCUGUCCUACCUCCCCAGACUGAGAGAGCUCCAUCUGGACAACAACCGCCUCACCCGUGUUCCCAGUGGCCUCCCAGAUAUGAAAUACCUACAGGUGGUGUACCUCCAUUCCAACAACAUCAACCAGGUGGGUGUGAAUGACUUCUGCCCCCGAGGAUUUGGGAUGAAGAGGGCAUUCUAUAAUGGCAUCAGCCUGUUUGCUAACCCUGUCAACUACUGGGAGGUGCAGCCUGCCACGUUCCGCUGUGUCAGCGACCGGCUGUCCAUUCAGUUUGGCAACUACAAAAAGUAAAGACAGGGAGGAUACAGAGAGGUGGAGAGAGUGAGGGGAAAGGGAUGGAGGACUGAAGGAGGAGCAGAUAAUUUAAAUAAUGAAAAAAAAAACUCAGAGAUGGAGGGAGUGGAGUUCAUAUUUGAAAUGAUUAUUAUUAUUAUUAUUUUUGCUGGCGUUAUAGAGAGAGGAUGAGUGAUGGAGAAGAUGGGCAGGAAGGAUGAGAGAACAGAAGUGAAAAAUCCAAUCACAAAACUUGAAGGGAGUGGAGAGCAAAGUGCUUCCAGUACUUCACAUUCAGUUUUUCACAUUUUUGAGGUUUUGUAAGUUGUGCCAUCUGAAACAGAGGAGACUGUCUUAGGAGAAUAUUUUUCCCCCAGCGUAAAUCUACGAAAAAUGAGGACUGAAAACUUGUGAAGCAUUUCAUUCCAUAUUUUUGCUUAUUGUGAUAGAAGUCAUUUUUGUUUUGAUAACAUUUUUAAAAUUCUGAGUAAAAAAUAGAAAACAAUUCAUUAUGGAUUUUAUAUAUAUAUAGAUAGAUACAUAAAAAGGUGCUCUGUGUGACUUUCUGUGUGUGCUGAUUUGAGAGAUACAUCACAUUUUCCUGUCUGACUAGUGCUUUGGCCCUCAGCUCACCGAUUAAAUCAUACUGUAUUACAUCAAACAACACACCACAGAUUUUCCUCCAUUUAAACAACUGCACAAAAAAAAACCAAAGUAUUACUCAAAUUAACCAGAACAGAACAUUUUUGUAUAUAUAUCAUGGCUGUUGAUCAAUUAAAAAAGCAAACGGUAAAUUUUAAAAUUCCCCUCAUCAGUGCUAAACACCUUUCUUAGUGAUCUGAGGUCACUGAAUUACCAGCUUGCCUGAGGAGCCUAUUGUGUGCCUUUACUAAUAUUCUAUCUGUAUGAUACUUUAAAGCAGUAUUCCUUGAGCGGGAUACUGACGUAGUGGGGGCUUGCCCCAGUUAGGGAAAACACACAUCCACUUUGCUUUGAGACAAUGAAGGCAGUGUGUUUACGUAGUGCUACAAAAAUAGUAGUGUUAAUGCAUUGUUUUGCACAGUUUUUCUGUUAUGCUUUAUCUGCUUCAGGGUUAUUGCAGGGUUAGCCUGUUUACAUUGCUAGACCUAUGUGGAACUACUCUAAGCAUAAGUAUUCUGUCCUGUCUCUGUUCUGUAAUCUGACAAGCUACUUCUGCAUGUGAAUAAAGUCAUUUUUAGCCUGCUGCAUAAAUCCAGAAAACAAUUGAUGCCCUUGUGUUGGAUGCUGUGUGAGAAAUAAAGAAAUAUCACUUUGUGUAGAGAAAA